UUCUCUUUCACACACCUCCUUUUGGUUUCCUUGGAGACCCACCUGACCUGACCUUCUCCUCCUCUCUCCUCCCCUGUUCCCUGUAAGUUAGUAGACCUCUCAGUGCAAAGGUUCAACCUGCUGCAGUUCUUCUGGCUGCCGCAGCGCUCCCGCACAGAGGGGCUCUUAUUCGGCAGCUUUUCCCCGUGCUCCGAUCCCCAACUUUGAUGAGGCUCUCCCAUUGUGAGAGCCACUGCGCCGGCCCCUUCCGCUUCAUCCCCUGCCUCCCCAAAUCCAAAGAUGCGAGCCGCGACGCUGCCUCUACUCCGGCGCCGCGCUCGGCCGCCGUGGCCGAGGAGGAGCCGCCUCCGGUUCAGAAGAUAGAGGCGCCGGUACCCGGAAAGGAAGACGACGAAGAGGAGGCCCAGAAGCACGAGGAUGGUGAGAAGGCAGCGCCGCCGCCGAAGAAGAGUUGCCUGAAGAAGGCCAUCUGCGGCGAUGAUAAGUGUGCCGCCAAAUGCAAUGUGCAGUGGCUGGAUUUGCUCGGAGAGGAUCUGACAGAGGUUAAGGAAUAUGAGCCAAGCGAACGUGGAGACUUGCUUGACGACGGAGACGGCAUCUCGACAUGUGUUUGCGUUAUCCAAUGAGUCAAGAAGAAUCCUGUAAAUUCUGUGAGAAAAAAGGGUGGUUCGAAUCAGCCAUGUGUUCUUUCCGGUGGAGGGCCAGGGUGUUUUGUUGCUUCCUCCAUGAGCUCCAUCGAAGAUGCCCAACCAGAACCACUCGUGUGUAGUUGUCAAAGAAAAACAAAAAGAACCAGUCGAAUGUAAACCAGUCUCAACUCUCAACAGUACAUGCAUUAGAUGCUGCGUAGCCUAGCCAUAGAUUGGUGUCAGUUUAUCAGGAUUGUGUUCGGGUCUGGGCAGCUGGUUUUUCAGAGUGGUACAUUGGUUGUCUAGUGCAGGCAGAAUGUUGCCUUUUGUAAAGCUUUUAUACUAAUAGAAAAUUAGCUCAGUACUACAACCUCA